UAUAGUUUGUGCCAUUGUCUCCUUUCUCUGUAAAACCAUCCAUCAAUGAACAAAAUCAACUAAAUUCUCUAUUUGCCUCUCUCAGUUUUCGAGAAGACUAAAAGCGAAUUUAGGGUUUAGUCAUCUCUCCGACAUGGUUGGUGCCGCGAUUUUGGAAUCUCCCGGCGAAGGAAUUGGAUCUAACAGCAUUCUCUCGCAAAAGAGACAACUUUCUUCUAGUGAUGCAGCUAAGAGAGACGCUAAGAAACGCUCGACAAUGCUAAUGGAUCUGGAGAUUCUCGAUUGUCCCAUUUGCUACGAAGCUUUCACAAUUCCCAUCUUCCAGUGUGAUAAUGGACAUUUGGCUUGUUCUUCUUGCUGUCCCAAACUAAAUAACAAAUGCCCUGCGUGUACUUCGCCUGUUGGCCACAAUCGCUGCAGAGCAAUGGAGAGUGUUCUUGAAUCGAUCUUGAUCCCGUGUCCGAACGCCAAGUUAGGUUGCAAAAAGAAUGUAUCUUAUGGGAAAGAGUUAACUCAUGAAAAGGAAUGCAUGUUCUCUCAUUGCGCCUGCCCUGCAUUGGAUUGCAAUUACACUAGCUCAUACAAGGAUCUGUACACUCACUAUCGUAUUACCCAUAUGGAAAUAAACCAGAUUAAUACGUUCAUUUGUGACAUUCCCUUAAGUGUCCGGAUGAACAUCAGCAAAAAGAUAUUGAUUAGAACGGAACACUUGACGAAUCAUUUGUUUGCAGUGCAGUGUUUCAGGGAGCCGUAUGGUGUGUAUGUAACUGUAAGCUGCAUUGCGCCAUCUUCUCCAGAAUUAAGUCAGUACUCAUAUGCUCUCUCUUACACUGUCGAUGGACACACUGUGAUUUACCAAUCACCAGAGGUGAAGAGGGUUCUUAAGUUGAGUUUUCAAACCCCGCAAGAGAAUUUCAUGUUGAUUCCCAACAGUUUAUUGCGUGGUGAUGUGUUGGAAAUGAGGAUUAGCGUCAAGAAGUUGAACAAAGAGUAAGAAGGUUGGGGUCUUCCUGUUAGAAAACUCUUAUCUGUCUCGUUUUAGUUAUCUUAACCCGCCCAUAGUCGUUAUGGUUGAUGAGGGUUGUAAUUUUAGAGACUUGGUGCAAUCGACCAACAAAACGUUUCACAAUGUUUUCAAUCUAAACUAAGAUAUAAUUUAUGCAUAGGCCAUUUGCUAUGAAGCAUUGACGAUUCCUGUCUUCCAAGAAGAUUUUUCCAUCUUUCUGAUUCUUAUUUCUUGAUAACUAAAAUUCUUCCAGGUUUUGGUGUUUCUUGUUAUAAACUCUGUAUUAGGAACAACGAAGUUGGAAACUUGCCCUUUUACUAGAUUCUAAAAGUUACAAAAACUAGUUUUGUUUUGAGGAUUUGAGGAUUCUAGCGAAGUUCUACAAAAUAUGUUCAGUUUUGGAGUUGUAGUUCUUGAAAAGUGUGUAUAAUUUAGCAAGAUCAAGUAUAUAUCAUGAAUUAUAAAAAAGGUUAGUUAAAUAUAUAUAUAUAUGGAGGAUGAUAUAAUUAAGAAAGUAUACAUGGACAUAUAAUUAUAUCCCAUAGGACAGAAAAAAAGAGGUUGAAGAGGGAGAUCGUCCUCACCAGAAUCCAUGGUUAGGGCCUCACCAGAAGAGGUUGGGUUGUCUGUUUGUGUUAAUGUGUAUACCAAAUUCGGUUUUCCACCAAUUUCCUCCUUACAAAAUACACCCAUUGAACUCAUGGCUGCUAAUAUGGAGAUUUGGAUCGAUUUUUGUGAUAUUCUUCUUCUCCUUCUCCCCUUGCAUAUAUAUAUUAGCCAGCCAUUUAAUAUAAAAACUUGUGAAUACAACUAAGCUUUCUU